AGGCGGAAACCUGCUGGUUCAGUAGACGAUAGCCGCUCCUUAUAAAUGUGGCAGUUCAUUUGGACGUUUCUGGAGAAUUGCCGAAGAAGAGAGGGGAUAUUUGAGUUGAAGAAGAGAAGGGAAAAUUGGCGUCUUUAUAAGCGGGAGAUGUAAGGAGUCCCAGGACACCUAGCUUGGCUUGUGCGUAAAAUGGAUACUGCUGCGACCCUUUGAGGGACUGCUGUCACAGUUGCUCUGAGCUCUUCCACCACUGAAGUAGAAGAAGCCAGUGAACUCGUCCUGUGGAUUUACAUCUCAGCACAAUAAGAAGUGUAACGUUCGCAUUUCGACUUGGGUCGUUUUAAAGUGUCCACACCACCUGUCCCAGCUCAGUUUCCUGCCUCCAGUCAAAGAUGACAGAGAGGACCCCAUGGUGGAGGGCAUUCCUGCCAAAGAGGAAGCCCGGUGGCCCCAAGGAAACAGGAUUGCCCAACUUCGGACCAGACUUUGACCCCUUUGCCCAACAUCCGGAUAGGCCAAGAGAACCUGCUGCGGCCGGCCCCAAGACUCCCAGCGACCAGUGCCAGCAGGACUGCGGCAAGAACUCCAACAUCUUCGGCGACGACACCUACGACGACUCCCACCUGGAGUCGGUGUUCAACGAGCAGACGUGCCGCAGGAACAUGAAGGUGUCACGUUCAGGUCGAUUUAAAGAGAAGAGGAAGGUGCGCUCAAGCCUUCCCAUACAGGAGAAAGAGACAGAGAAUGUGGGGAAAGAGAAGGAGGAUGUACGGUGACGAGGAGGAAAAGGAGAGAAAGAUCAAAGACUGCUUUACAAAGAUGCUUGACAAGACGGAGGGGGAUUUGAGUACAUGAGGAUGCUUCAAACUACUGAGGCAUUCCAAGGGGUCUACUGUGUGUUGGUUAUGAUGGUGACGAGAGAGAGCGUUCAACUUUUAGCCCAAUACUGCAGGAAUAAGGUUUUGUGGUACAAGAAUUAUUGAAAAUUUGUUGAUGGACUUGUGCCAGAGGGCCACAGAAACAAUACUAAGUAACACAGAAAGGGAUUGUACUUGUUUCUAAUGGUUACUGAACCAUUUUACCAACAGUAUCCCAUACACAAAGCCCCAGUGAAGAGAUACAGUAGUAAUGCAGUGAGCACUUAAAAGCCGAAUACAGCUGAAUUCCCAGAGUGUCCCUGUUUUAGUCAUAGGACGCUGUUAUUGUCAUUAAGCAAAAUAAAUAGACCUACAACCUCUAAGAAAGCACAGUCAUAAAAUGUCAUUUUCUACCAAUGCUCAAGAGUGUGAUAUGCUUCAAGAAAAUAUUGUCUAUAAGAUGUUUACAUUAUUUCUGUAAUGAGAAGAAUAUAUGUUUGAUAAUGAAGGAUAAGUGUAAUGCUCCUUUUACAAUGCUUUUACAAAAACAUGUUGAUUCUAAAGGGUUAGAAGGAUGUCUAUGAAGGUGUAAAUGAUUUUCAUUAUUAUGUGUGAACAAAAAAAAUCAGCUAGUGGAAGAAAUUAAGAAAUGUUUGUGAGCAGCUUGUAGUCAGACGGACGAUGCUUGUCUAAAAAAACGCAUGAAAUAUUUUAAAUGAAGGAUGAAAUCCGGCAUGUUUUUUUUUAACAUAAUGGGUCCUAAACAAAGCUACUGGUACUGAAGUAAGAAGCUAACAUUGUAUCCAACUGAAGGAGGUAUGGCCAUGUAGCUAAGGAAGUGUGAUCCAGCCACUGAUGUAGUUUGCUUUACAGGACUACUGUAUUUUGGAUCGCCUGUGAAAUAAAUCUGAUAACUGCUACAAUCA